UCGAAUCGACAGGAUGUUCUCUCUAACCGCUGUGUUUAUUAUUCUUGUACUGGCUAUUGUUUCACAUGGCGGUUCAUAUUGCAACAACGGUGGUAUGACCUUUUACUGCGGCUAUGAAUGUUGCGGGGACUUGAGCAACCAAUACUGUUGCAGCAGCGGAAACAAUGCCGAAACAACUGCAACGGUUGCACUAAUUAUCGGGAUCGUGUGCAGUGCUGUGUUGACGAUCGUCGUGAUUGUUGGAUUAGUCAUAUGCUGUGUACGCUGCUGCUGCCGAUCAUCUAAAGGUCACCAAGGUCAAGUUAUUGCAACCGGUCAACCGAUGGCUGUAAUAGCUACUACUGGUUCAAACACUACCACUGGUGCAUACGCUGCAGGAUACGUCUACCCGCCUCAGCCUGCUCCAGGUACACACUACACUCAACCUGCAGGGACGGCACAGCCUCCACCAUCUUACCCUCCUGGACCAGUUCCAGCAUACCCUACAGAAACAGGACAAGCCAAAGCUACGUCUGAGGGAGCCCCGACUUCUUAACUCCGAUUAACCAACACCCUCCCGAGGCGGGGUAGACUGUGUGCAACCAACAUUAGAACACUAAAUAAGUCUAGUGAACUUGAAAAGGUCAUAUAGACCUCUCUCUCUCUCUCUCUCUCUCUCUCUCUCUCUCUCUCUCU